CUGAGCGCGACCGUGUCAAGCGACGCGCGUAUUUCGACAUUCGAAUUUCGAACGCGUUCGUAUCUCAUUGACGUUAAUUGUGUGCUAGUGAUAGAAUAAUACAUUUAAUGAUCACUAAAUAAUUUUUAAACAAAAUGGCGUCUGUGUGGUUCACGGUGACAGUUCUUGUCUGUAUAAAUCAAGUAUUAGCAAGUUACCGCGAUUGCUCGAAUUUGGAUAAUAUUAAAAAUUGCAAUGAAUGCAUCCGUUGCGGAGCACAUUGGUGCAAUAAUCCACAUGAGAACCGUCGCUGUUCGUUGGAGCGUUUCGACAACUGGUGUCCCAAUCAUCAAGAGAGCUUGCCGUACCUCACUGAAAUCAGUGAAAAGGGAAAGAUCUUAAAUCCCAAGUACAGAGUCCAAACUAUCCACGUGGGUCAAGAAGAUGAGAUUGACAUCGUAUACCAGUAUAAAGCUGGUGAACCGAAGGUCAACUUCGUCGCAAACUCGACGCAAAAAUCGAAUUUCAUCAUCAGUAAAUCCACGAGCUGUGCGUCUGGCUCGUGUACAACGACACUGAACACAAUACCGGAGACGGACUUCUGCGAGAAUACUGGAAGUACGAACGAGUUCUUCAACGUCAAACUGACGGUUAGCGAUGUCGAGGAGGAAGCCGUUCUGAAGUUCCAUGUACCUUGUGCUUGUGGUUGCACUGAAAAGGUUGAAAAACUGUCCCCUACUUGCAAUGGCCGGGGUGACCUCUCGUGCGGCGUGUGCACAUGUCAAGACAAAUGGUCGGGCACUUUCUGUGAUCAACCAAUUUGUGAUGAAAAACGCGGGGACGUACCAUGUAUAGAUUCAUCGAGGAGCAGUGUCGAAUGUUUCGGCAACGGAGUUUGCGGUCGUUGCGACAAAUGCGAGUGUUUCACAAACAGACCCGGCUCUAGGUAUUUUGACAGGAACGAUUACUGCAUAGACAUCUGUACAAAAACAAAUGAAUGCGACGAAUGCCUUAUAAAACCACAUCUAGGGAAAUGCCACGAAUGCCAUUUUCCACUACACAAACAGAGCUACAAUGAAUCAUUGACUAGCGCUAAAGACGAAUAUGGGCGACACAUGUGGAUAAAAUGCAACGAUACUAUCAAUGAUUGUAACAUUGAAUAUGUAGUGAUGAGAGACGAUAGAGGGGAAUCUUACUUCAUGGUGACCAAGAACUGUGAUCCCAAACAGGAGGGCCAGGAGAGCGCUAAAGUUAACCUAACAGUCCCGAUUCUGCUCGGUCUGGUGGCUGUGCUAGCUGCAGCUAGUGCUGUCGGCUACUUCGUGUACAAAAGUCGUCCGCCGCCCGUACCGCUCACAGACCCAAUGUACACCAACAUUGGAGCUGAAGACUGCACCGGAGAGAACCCCCUGUAUAAGCCGCCCACGUCCUCCUUCAAGAAUCCCACGUACGGCAAGUGGUAGAGGUGUUACCUGAUUCAUCUCUCACCAUGGGUCGUUACGACGGGGAUCGGUACAAGUAGCCAUUCUCUUCCGUUUCGCUACCCAUUCCAACACUGCCUGUGAUCAACACGGUAUGAUGAAGAAAUUGCACUCGUCCGGUGUCGUCGCAAAUGUAACUAUGUAUUAUACUCUUAGUAAUAGCGCGUUAUAUGUAAUGCCUCUGUGAUAUUUAAGAUUAUUAAGUAAUAGGUGUAACUUAUACGCUGAUGACUCAAUCGUUAUCGUAUGUUUACGAUUACUAAUCUCAUAAUGAAAUCUCGCGUUGACGCAUGGGGUAUGUUAAAGUAUGGUGACCUUAGAUUUGUCACCUGGCUUGUGUAGGAAAUGUUUAAUAUAAAGUUAGCGACUAUACAUUUAAUAGAAAUGUUAAGAAUACGUUAAUCAAUGACAUUAUUUAUCUGUUAGCUGUUUGCUUUAAUAGCAGAUACUUUGGUUAACAAAACGUGCAUUUGAAUUAAUAGGUAAUAAAUACUGUCAAAUUACAAUAUCUUGAAUUCGGUGAUGUCUUAAAACAUAAGAACAAUCAUUAAAUUUUCAUAUUAUUUAAAUGGAGUUAUAAAUAAUGUCACACAAAAAUGAUUAUGAAACUUUAUUCCAUUAGAUGGUGUGUCGAAAUUAGAAUGAGUCAAACGAUACAGAUCUUAGUUAAAGUGAAAGUACCUGGAAAGUAGGAUAUUUUUACGAAUUCGAUGUAGGCGUGAUGCAUAAUCUGUGGGCGGAUUUCGAACGGAACUCUGAGCUAACGGGUUUUUGUCCCUACUCAGAGAGUACUGCCGAUUUAUAUUAUACUUUAAUACAAGGAAAAAAAAUUAAACAGAUACUUCUGCACCAUAUGUAUUUAAGAAAUUGAAUUUAAGUUUGUGAAUUGUAAUGUACCCUAUUUUGUAAAUAAUAAUGUUUUUAUUAAAACUAUUCCGAAUAAAAAUAUUAUACUACUUCAAUAAUAAUUCAGACUAAAAGCAGCCGUGGUUAUUAUUUAUUCAGCUGCCAGUCACUCGAAAAAAUUUAUAAUUCAAGUUUGCUUAACAAAUUUUAUAACAUCGUCAUCCCGUUCUACAAUCAAUUCUUUGAUUGUGUACAAAAUCAAGUUCAUUUUGAGAUUCUUUUGAUCAAUAACCACUUGAACUUUAGUACUUUUGUUUUACUUUAAGGAAUAAUAUACAAACGACCGUAUUGAUUUAAGACGUCCGUACAACGUCUUCCUUAUAUAAAAGUAUUGUAUACUUUAGAUAUUUGUAUAAAUUAGGCUAUGACGACUGCAUUGUACUUGAUAACGUUAUUGUAAAUAUUCUAUGUUUAAGUUUGUUAACCCAUUACCCGUACUUUACUUUACGUACAUAAUUUAAAAUAUUUUCGUUGUUGCGACUAAUCACAUCACACUGAUUUUCUUGUUUAGUGUUAUUCUCUUAGUUAGAUUUGGGUAGCAUAAUUAUAUGCUCAAAUGUUAUUUAAAAUUAUUAUAAUUUAAGUAGAAAAUAUGUGUUAAGAUUGGCUUAUGUUAUGCAUAUUUUAGAAUCUCGUAAUUCACUCUCUGAUAAUCAUUUUAUAAUCAUUAUAAUAUUAUUCAUAUAUAUAUCUAAAUGAACGCCAUUUAUUUAUCUUAAAUAUGUCGUAUACCCUAAGCUUUUUAUACAUUUGUAUAUUUAUACAUGUAGGUGAUCCGAGUAUAAUUGUAACCUAGUCAAUAAAACUGAAAACUAAUUUA